UCUCUCUCUCCUCUCUCUCUUCUGUGAUACAAGGUUAUGAUAUUUCGAAUUUUCGAGGUUGAAAUCGCCGGAUCUAGGUUUUCGGACCGUUUAUCGCGUCGCAGAGUCUAGGGUUUUUGUAGGGUUUGUUUUUUGAUUUUCCCUAAUCUCCGGUUGAGGUGGCUAUUCCCGGUCGCGGUUUUCUCUCGUCUCUUGGGUGUCUCGCGAGGGAAGGAAAUAAGAGCUUUAGGUCGAUUCCGAUUCUGAGUUUGUAAGUGCUCGUAAUUCAUCAGAUUCGGUUAUUGGAUCAAUUGGAUAAUUGCGUUUCGUGAUUGUGUUCGGGGGAACUGGUUCUUGGCGUGACGAUAACAGGGGAUCUUGGAGAAGAUUGGGCGGGAAAUUGGGAACCGUCGAGGGUUUACUUGCCGAGAUUAAUGUAGUGGGUGUUCUUUCGUCUUUUAAUCUGGGCAUUGAAGAAGAAGAGGCUCUUCCAUCUUGAUGUCAUCAAGUAUUCUUCAAUCGGAAGCAUAUUUGUUCGAAGCUUCAUACCAUUUUCUACUAGGGUUUGAGAGUAAUCGAGUAAGGAAUUUGCGAGUAUUUUGAGGAGGGACAUAAAUUUUUCAGAAAGCGCAUGGACUGCUGAUGCUUAGAUUGAAAUUUGGAACUCUGAUGCGAAAAUAAAGUCGAUGGUUCAAGUUGAUAUGCGUAGGCACCUGAAGUUUGGCUUAUGGCACCGGCUAUUCCUGUGAAUUUCCUGGGACAAAAGGAACCAAAGAAGUUUUUGGCUUUAGAAACGAUGGGUAAAGCACGGAAGUACUCUAAAGGGCAAUCUCCGCGUUUUGUUCCUGACUACCGGCACGCUGUUGAGAACACGGUGGAAUCUGAAGGGUUUGGUUACACAGGUGGAAUGGACACGGAGAUGACCCUUUCUGACGAUUCCUGUGCACAAAAAAGGAAACACAUUAGCUUGAAUGGGGAUGGCCGUGGUGUUCCAAAGGAAGUUGUGCCUUUGUCGAAGUUGUCGAGGUUUGAGAGAAAGGAUUUAAUUUGCAAGUUGAAGAUCGACCUUGAACGGGUUCAGGACCUUCACAGGAAGCUUGCAUCUAUGAAUUCAGAUGUUGUUCUGGUGUCCCCUCGUAGUGAUAUCCAUAGUUGCAGUGAUGGACCCAGGAGGCUUCUGCCAGAAAGAUCUGGGAGAUCUGUUGGCAAAAAACGUGGUGCUUUGCGUACUAAUAUGCCGCGGUCAAAGAAAGGUCCAUCUGGGCGUUCUCAAUCUGUCUCAACAAGUUUUUCACUUGCUCAGGUGAUGAAGCAAUGUGAGGCACUACUCAAAAGUUUAAUUUCACAUCAGUACGGAUGGCCAUUUCAUGUUCCUGUUGAUCCAGUGCAGUUGAAAAUUCCAGACUAUUUUACCAUUAUUAAACGGCCAAUGGAUUUUGGAACGAUAAAAACCAAACUGUGCAAAGGUGAAUACUCUAGUCCUUUGGACUUUGUGGCUGAUGUACGUCUUACCCUUUCAAAUUCCAUGACUUACAAUCCACCUGGAAAUGAAUACCAUUUCAUGGCUCAGGCUCUCAGUAAGUAUUUUGAAACAAGAUGGAAAAGUAUAGAGAAAAAAAUUCCCAUGGUUGAACCAUCUAUCCCGCCCUUAAAUGGCACUGCUUCAGCUGCUGUGAUCCAAAGCAAGUUGAAAAUGGAGCCUGCUAAUCUGGUCAUGACAGAUGAAGACAAGAAAAAAUUAAGAAGAGAACUGGAGGCUUUAGAAGAAGAUAUUCCAGAAAAUAUUGCUGAUUUCCUUAGACAACAGAGCGCCAGUGCUGGUCAAAGUGGCGAAGAAGAGAUCGAGAUUGAUAUCGAUGACCUCUCUGAUGAAAUCUUGUUCAAGCUGCGGGGCCUUUUGGAUGACUAUAUGACAGAAAAAAAGAAAUCCCAGGAAAAAAGCGAAUUAUGUGAAAUGGAGAUUGUUCAUGACCUGGGAUUGAGCAACUCUCCAGCGCAGCCAAGUAAAGGUGAUGGGGUGAUUGAUGAGGAUGUUGACAUUGUCAGUGGGAAUGACCCCCCUGUAUCAAUCUAUCCUCCUCUGAAGAUGGAAAAGGACGCUAGCUGUAGAAAUAACGAAGGCACCUCUUCAAGUAGCUCCAGUAGUGAAUCAGGCUCUUCAUCUAGUGAUUCUGAUUCUACUAGUUCUUCUGGGAGCGAACUGGAUACUGUUAAAGCUUCAUAUCCUGCUGGUGCAAAGGAUAAAGUGGAACCAGGAGUCGCUGUUAACAGAGAGGAGAAUAGUGGCAACAAUGUGGAAAUUGUAAAUCAUCCCCUGGAUGAAUCGGGUCAAGUUGAGCAGGAGCUUGACGACAAGCCGACUGCCAUUGAUGCAGAUGGCCCUCGAGAUGAGGAGACUGCUCCAUCUGAGAGACAAAUAUCCCCAGAAAGGCUAUAUCGAGCAGCUCUGUUGAAAAACCGCUUUGCCGAUACCAUUCUGAAAGCUCGAGAGAAGGCCCUUGACAAGGGUGAAAAAGGGGAUCCUGAAAAACUGAGGAUUGAAAGAGAGGAAUUUGAAAGGCGGCUAAGAGAAGAAAAAGCACGAUUACAAGCUGAGGCCAAAGCUGCUGAGGAGGCUAAGAGAAAAGCUGACGCAGAAGCUGCAGCCACAGCAAGGAGAAAAAGGGAACAGGAGAGAGAAGCCGCACGUCAAGCAUUACAAAAUAUGGAAAAGACUGUGGACAUAAAUGAGAACAGCCAGUUUUUGGAAGACCUUGAGAUGCUUAGGGCUGUUGCCGAAGGUGACAAAUUACCAUGCUUCAUGGAAGAGACGAGCCCCGAGUUUUCAGAAAAUAUGUUGGGUAGUUUCAAGAUGCAAGGCAACAAUAAUCCAUUGGAACAACUCGGACUAUAUAUGAAAAUGGAUGAAGACGAGGAUGAGGAAGAAGAUGAACAGCCAGUUGAACAAAGCGAAGGAGAGAUGCAGUCCCUUCGCCUUAACCGAGAAGAUGAAGAUGACCAGUCCCUUAGCGGAAGUGGAGGAGAUGGCCAACCACUUAACCAAAACAAGGCUGAUGAGCAGUCCCUUAACUGUGAAGGAGAAGAAGGAGAUGCACAGUCCCUUAGCAGAAGUGGAGAGGAUCAACCUCUUAACCAGAUCAAGGCCGAUGAACAUCCGGUUGAACAAAACGAAGGAGAUAUGCAAUCCCUUGCCCAUAACCAAGAAGAAGAAGAUGAACACUUCCUUAGCAGAAGUGAAGAGAGUCAAUCACUUAACCAAAGCAAGGCUGAUGAAGGGCCAGUUGAACAAAACGAAGGAGAGAGGCAUUCUCAUGUUCACCCCGUUAGUGGAAGUGAAGUGGGUCAACCCAUUACCCAAAAGGAACGAGAUGAGAAACCCCUCGACGAGAGCCAAGGAGCUGAACAAGUCCAGGACCGGAAUGAAGGAGAUGAGCAACUUGAGAGUAGUACACCAAAGCAAGAGAAUGACGAUGGUGCUGUGGACAAGGGAGAGAUAGGAGGAAUUGAUUGAUGUCAUUUCCAUGACCUCAAGAGUUAUAAAACCACACACAACGAAUAGAAAAAAAGAAAGAAAGAAAUGGAUUUUGGCCGAUCAUGAAGAACUCCGACGCAGAGAUGCCAGGAUGAUAUCGUGCAUGGACCAAAAAGUGAGGAAAAUAAACAAGAACGGCGGGGGGAUGUGCAGAAGAAGCAAUGGCCAAUUUGUUGGAUGGAGAUGCAAAUGGCAAUGAAGACCAAUGUCGGGAGUGUUUGGACUCGCAAGACCUGCUAAUAUAUUGUUAGCAGAUGAUAGUUUGGAUUGGUCGCGAAGUAACAAACAGCUCACGUGGCUGUAGACUGUCUGGUUCAGGGUAUAACUGUUGCCCCGAGACCCAAAAAAAAAAAAGAGGCCUGUGGACAAGUAGUAUUGGACCGUUUCACCAUGAACUUGUGGUUCGGUUAAUAUGUAGAUGCGAAACAGCAAAUGUAUUUGGGAGAUGGGUGUGUUCUGAAAGAGGAUUUGAAUGGUCA